AUGACAACUAUUCUCGAUAUCCCAGGCAGCAACCCACCAAAUCGCUUCUCUUCGUCUAUUGAAAGUACUGUCACCUCUACGAAUUACUCUUCACUCGCGGAAGAAACAGCUAAAAACAUCAUCGAGUCGAUCAAUACAUGUUCCGACCCCGCUCACGCGCUCUGGGAACUCUGGGACGCCUUCUUCAUGGCUGUCGUAUCAUAUCCAUCUUCACAUGGAGCCCACAUUGCUCUCCUUGAUGCUAUUCGCGCGCAGCCACCUAGCCAGCCCACCAACGUGCCUGCAGAGUCCGAUGCAAAGCUCCGGCUCCGCAGCUAUACGAAAGUAGACGGAAGACUACACUGGUCAAAGCUGCCACUUUUCCAUGCGCAGUGGCGCGACGUGCAUGAUAUCCUGCACGAGUGGCGUGACUGGGACGGCAUACGUGAUCCAAGCACGAAUGACAGUUCGACUGGUAACAGGAUGAGCAGCAGCGGCGAUCAGCUGUAUCUCCGCUUUAGCAUUUUUUCAGCUUUGCUGCUAAAAAGUAGCAAAGAUACCUCCGCAACACAGACUGUGUGGGUUUUCUACGCCUGCAAAGACGUACUGGAGCGCGAAGCGCCCCAGCCCUAUGAGCCGAAAAAGCACAAAAUAUCGUCUGAGCAGGUGUGGGCGCUAGAUGUCCGUGUCGCAGCCACUUGGGUGCGAGAUGGAGGUUGGUCACUGUGGAAUACAGAUCAUGAAGAGCUGCGAGAGUAUUGGGCAGCAGCGUUGGACGAAAAGACGGUAUUGUGGCCGAGAGAAGACGGGCUGAUAAGGGAGCGGUGGCAGCUGUGGAAGGAGAGGCUAUGGGCUCUGAGUACGGAUGAGGCAAGUUUAGACCAGGAGACUAGGACCGUGACUCAAGAGGCGUAUGGAGUCAUUGAGGAUAUCCUGCGAGGGGUCUGA